AAUCAUCCUAAGAUAUACCUCUCUCUCACGCAAAAAAGAAAAAGCGUUUCAAAGAGACACAACUGGAACCAAGUCAAGUCAGAAAGGGGUGGCUGGCUGGCUGGGGUUCUGCGGUUCUGAACAAGCAAGCAGCACAAACAUAACUAGUUAGUUUCUUCCACCACCAAUCCCCUCUUCUCUCUCUCUCUCUCUCUCUCUCUCUCAAUAGUCCAAAAACCAAGAAAAAGAAGGAAAGAUUAGAAAGAUGCCAACGAUAUCAAACUUCUACAGCAUGAAAGAUGCAUCCAAGCACAGCACCAAAGACGAUUGCUGGAUCGUUGUGAAUGGAAAGGUAUAUGAUGUAACACAAUAUUUGGAUGAUCAUCCUGGUGGAGAUGAUGUAAUCCUUGCCGCAACUGGGAGAGAUGCAACAGAUGAUUUUGAAGAUGCCGGACACAGCAAAAGCGCGAGAGAACAAAUGGAGGAGUACUUCAUUGGUGAGCUUGACACAUCGGCGCCAAUUUUCACUGAGAAAAGUUACCAUGUGAAGCUCAUGCAGUUGGCAAAGCAAUGUUGGGCUGUUCCUGUAACUGCUGUUGGUAUCUCGGUAGUAGUUGGAUUCGUAUACUUGCGUAAGAAGUAAGAAUCACAGGACUAAAAAUCAAUUCUCAUUGUUGCUACUGAAAAGGAAUUAGGGCAACAAAUUAUUUCAUUGCUUGAAGGAUAAGAACUAUAAGAAUACUGCCACAUUUCAAAAUAAUAAUUUACAUUUGAUUAUAUGAAUGACUGAAGAAUUGAUUAAAGAAUGGAUUAUCAAACAUGUUUUUUU